AAACGAAAGGCUAGGGAAGAAGCGGAGGCUCAACGUGAAGCUGCUCUUAAUGCUGGUUUACGAACACCUCCACAGAAGAAGAAGCAUAGGACGAAAAAUGGUCUGCCAAAAUUGAAUUUUGGAGGCCCUUCAAGGGCUCCUCCUUCGACGAAAGUGUACAUGGAAGAGCGUGACUCUCGAUUAUUAGCACGGCAGCAAGGAGUUAGACAUCGAGACUUAUCGUCCUCGUCGUCGUUUUGCUCAUCCCUUACUAAUCAUCAGGCUGUGAAAAAAGUAUCAGUUUUACCUUUGGUUGGCUUGCGAUUGAUUGAAUUUUAUUUGGGAUACCAUAUUCCACCUUUUUCAUCGACUACAUCGCUUGCCACCGUCAUUAACCAUAGUCGUUUCGUGCAAGCGUUAAUGUUGGUCUUAGAUAUCAUGUUUGUGACCACUGAUAGCUGA